ACUAACGUCAUCACUUCUGGUACCUGCCAACAUGGAAGGUGGCGAGGGAGGCGUCGCUUUCGUUGGCCACGGGGCUCUGGUCUCCCGGGCGGCUGCAUUGACAGUCCGGGAGCUUUUGCAGGACGAAUGCUACAGUGACUUUUUAAAUGAAGACUUUGAUGUAAAGGCUUAUACUUCCCAAUCUAUUCAUCAAGCUGUAAUUGCUGAACAACUAGCAAAACUUGCCCAAGGAAUCAGUCAGUUGGAUAAAGAACUACACCUACAGGUUGUGGCAAGACAUGAAGAUUUACUGGCACAAGCAACUGGGAUUGAAUCUUUGGAAGGUGUUCUUCAGAUGAUGCAGACAAGAAUUGGGGCGUUACAGGGAGCUGUUGAUAGGAUGAAAACAAAAAUUGUUGAGCCGUAUAAUAAAAUAGUAGCCCGUACUGCACAAUUAGCAAGACUUCAGGUUGCCUGUGAUUUGCUUCGGAGAAUAAUUCGCAUCUUACAUCUCAGUAAGAGACUCCAAGGACAGCUGCAAGGGGGAAGUAGAGAGAUAACAAAAGCCGCCCAAAGUCUCAACGAACUUGAAUCUACUUUGAAUAAAGUGCUUGUGCCUGCGUGGCAGGAUUAUCUUUCUCAAGGAGUAGAUCUUUCUGGAAUUGAGGUAAUAGAAAAUGAUCUACUUUUUAUUGCAAGAGCUCGUCUUGAAGUGGAAAAUCAAGCUAAACGCCUACUGGAGCAGGGUGUGGAAACUCAGAAUCCAACCCAAGUUGGAACAGCUCUUCAGGUUUUCCAUAAUCUUGGAACUUUGAAGAAUACUAUCACCAGUGUUGUGGAAGGAUAUUGUGCUACUUUAGAAGAAAGUAUCAGCGGUGCAUUAGAUGUCAAAGUUUUGACUCAGCCUUCUCAGUCAGCUGCAAGAGGGGGACCUGGACGAUCCACCUUGCCAGCCCCAGGAAACACAGCUGCUUUUCGUGCUUCCCUCUGGACCAAUAUGGAGAAACUUGUGGAUCAUAUUUGUACUGUCUGUGGACAGGUUCAACAUCUACAAAAAAUAUUAGCCAAGAAGAGAGAUCCUGUUUCUCACAUUUGUUUCAUUGAAGAAAUAGUUAAGGAUGGGCAGUCGGAAAUUUUAUAUACUUUUUGGAAUUCGGUGACUCAAGCACUUCAUUCUCAAUUUCAAAUGGCAACAAAUUCUUCUAUGUUUUUGAAACAGGCAUUUGAAGGAGAAUAUCCUAAAUUACUGCGUCUUUUUAAUGAUUUAUGGAAGCGUCUUCAACAGUACAGCCAAAAUAUUCAAGGAAAGUUUAAUGCAACUGGAGCCACAGACCUCUACGUUGACUUACAGCACAUGGAAGAUGAUGCACAAGACAUAUUCAUACCAAAAAAGCCAGAUUAUGAUCCAGAAAAGGCGUUAAAAGACUCACUACAGCCCUACGAGGCUGCUUAUCUAUCAAAAUCCUUAUCUCGACUUUUCGAUCCUAUCAACUUGGUUUUCCCUCCUGGUGGUCGUAAUCCUCCUUCUUCGGAUGAAUUGGAUGGUAUUAUUAAAACUAUAGCAAGUGAACUAAAUGUAGCUGCUGUUGAUGGAGACCUGACACUGGCCAUAUCAAAAAACGUGGCAAAGACCAUCCAGUUAUACGGUGUGAAAUCAGAGCAGCUUCUGUCCACACAAGGAGAUGCCAGUCAGGUCAUUGGGCCUCUUACUGAAGGGCAGAGAAGAAAUGUGGCAGUCGUGAAUUCCCUGUUUAGGUUGCACCAGUCAGUAACCAAGGUGGUUUCCACUCAGAGCUCAUUCCCACCAGCAGCUGAGCAAACUAUAAUUUCAGCACUAAAGACGAUCCAUGUUCUAAUGGGAAAUGCGGUGCAGCCCUUACUGACUUCAGUGGCAGAUGCUAUAGAGGCCAUAAUCAUCACCAUGCAUCAAGAGGAUUUUUCUGGGUCAUUACCCAGCUCAGGAAAGCCUGAUGUUCCUUGUUCUCUGUAUAUGAAGGAGCUUCAAGGUUUCAUUGCCAGAGUCAUGAGUGACUACUUUAAGCACUUUGAAUGCUCGGACUUUGUCUUUGAUAACACUGAAGCCAUUGCCCAAAGAGCGAUUGAACUUUUCAUCCGCAAUGCCAGUCUCAUAAGACCUCUUGGUGAAGGUGGGAAAAUGCGACUUGCUGCUGAUUUUGCACAGAUGGAGUUGGCUGUGGGUCCAUUCUGCAGAAGAGUAUCUGAUUUAGGAAAGUCCUAUCGAAUGCUGAGGUCAUUCAGACCACUCCUCUUCCAGACGAGCGAACACGUGGCCAGCAGUCCUGCCCUGGGGGACCUUAUUCCAUUCAGCAUCAUUAUUCAGUUUUUGUUCACAAGAGCGCCUGCUGAGCUGAAAUCCCCCUUCCAGAGGGCAGAAUGGUCCCAUGCACGCUUCUCCCAGUGGCUAGAUGACCAUCCAUCUGAAAAGGACAGGCUCCUCCUCAUCAGGGGAGCCCUGGAGGCUUAUGUUCAGUCAGUAAGAAGUAGAGAAGGCAAAGAAUUUGCUCCAGUUUAUCCUAUAAUGGUUCAACUGCUUCAAAAAGCUAUGUCUACUCUUCAGUAAGAAUUUGAAGUAUUCAUCUCCAUUUUGUGCUAACCCAUUCAAAGUUGGCAGUUUAAAUAACACGUACUCUAAAAAAACCACUAGUCACUACCUUAAGAAUGUCAUCAACAUUUUUGUACUUCCUACAGCUCUUUUUCUGUUGAUCUCUUUAGCCUUUUUUACUUAAGUAGCAUAAAAUGUCAAAAAUCACCACCUUCAAACUCCAGGGACCUGAUUUUCUACAAAGACCUUCAAACUCGUACCUCUCCUUUUAAGCUUUUCUACAAGGCUAGCUAAAAUUUCUUUCCUAUCACCUAACCAAGUCCCCCACAGAUAUGCAUACUGAGUCCCCACUGCUUUUUAAGGUACCUGAUCAGGUUAUACAGUUAAGUACCCUGCUUCUCCCAACUAGUUUGCUUCCUCACCAGAUCUAUAGCCCCAGUGGUUCCCACAUUUGGUUGCACAUUAGAAUCAGUGGUGGAACCUUAAAAAAGAAAACAAAACAAACACCCUGGUAUUAAUUUGUACUGCAUAGUAAGACAUGUGGAGUAGGAGCCAGGCAUUAGUAUGUUUUGUAAAACAUUCCCAAGUGUUUCCGAUAUGCAACAAAGUCUGGGAACCACUGGCAUGUCCCAGAGAUGGAGAGCUAACUGGCUGUUUCAAUCUGUCACACAGUAUCUGCAAUAAAGAAAGGCUGUCUUUACA